CACCAAGAUACCCCCGAACUUGCCCUUAAACAACCUGCCUUCAUAACUAAGAAGAUAUGGGGGGCAAGACUAACAAGGCCGGCUAUUUCGACAAGCUCAAGGGCUUGCUCGAGGAAUAUGCCUCCAUCUUCAUCGUUGAGAUUGACAAUGUCAGCUCUCAGCAGAUGCACGAGAUCCGACAGGCUCUCCGGAACAAGGGUGUUGUCCUGAUGGGCAAGAACACCAUGGUCCGCCGAGCUCUGAAGACCUUCAUCGCCGACUCCCCCGAGUACGAGCGUCUCCUCCCCCACGUCAAGGGCAACGUCGGUUUCGUCUUCACCAACGAGGACCUCAAGGAGAUCCGAGACGUCAUCCUCUCCAACAAGGUCGCCGCCCCCGCCCGUGCUGGUGCCGUCGCCCCCGUCGAUGUCUGGGUCCCCGCUGGCAACACUGGUAUGGAACCCGGCAAGACCUCUUUCUUCCAGGCCCUCGGUGUCCCCACCAAGAUUGCCCGUGGUACCAUUGAAAUCACCACCGAUCUCAAGCUCGUCGAGGCUCAGUCCAAGGUCGGCCCCUCCGAGGCCACCCUCCUCAACAUGCUCAACAUCUCGCCCUUCACCUACGGUAUGGGCAUCUCCCAGGUCUACGACCAGGGUCAGAGCUUCCCUCCCAGCGUUCUCGACAUUGGUGAGGAGCAGCUCCUCAAGACUCUGGCUUCUGCCAUCACCACCAUUGCCACCAUCUCGCUGGCUCUGAACUUCCCCACCCUGCCCUCGGUCAUGCACUCUCUUGUCAACAGCUACAAGAAGGUUCUCGCUGUUGCCGUCUCCACCGAGUACAGCUGGCCCGAGAUUGAGCAGCUCAAGGACCGCAUCGCCAACCCUGACGCUUACGCCUCUGCUGCCCCCGUUGCCGCUGCCGACUCUGGUGCUGCCGCUGCUGAGGAGAAGAAGGACGAGUCCGAGGAGGAGGAGGAGGAGGAUGAGGGCUUCGGUGGUCUCUUUGACUAAAUGUAGCCACAUCAUGAUGAUGUACGGCCGGAAUUCAGGACUUUGGUUGGGAUUACGACUCAUGGAUCUUAAAAAUGGGGUACAUAGAUCGUCUGCUGGUCAAUUGAACCUGUCGGGACGGUUACGAAACGAACAUGGAAGUCCACAAAUAUGAUGUGACGACCUAGCAUCUCGGAUAUGAAACAUGCACCACGUUACCGAUGGAGUGGUUUUGCCCAAAAGGUCUCCGCGUUUUUGCCUUUGCCCUUCAUCUUACAUGGUGUGAUGCCCGUAUCAUUUCCCUAUUUAAAUACCCUCCAAUCACCCCGUCCCGGCCUGUCCCGUA